CCGCUGGCCGGCCGCGCUCCCCACCUUGCCUGCGCCCGCGCGAGCCGAGCACAUCUCCACGCACCGAACAUCCAGAGAGUCGCGUCGCGCGCCGACGGAGCGGACAUGGGCAGAGCGAUGGUGGUCAGGCUAGGGCUGGGGUUGCUGCUUCUGGCACUGCUCCUACCCACGCAGAUUUAUUGCAACCAAACAUCUGUUACACCGGUUUCUGGCAACCAGAAUAUCUCUGCUGCCCCAAAUCCAACUAACGCUACCACCAGAGCCGGUGGCAGCUCCCUGCAGUCAACAGCGGGUCUCUUGGCCCUCUCUCUCUCCCUCUUACACCUCUACUGUUAGAGACUCGGGCCAGGAAACGUCUCUACUUCCCCAUCUUCUAGACCCACCCCAAAUGGCAACCACAAGUCCAAUGUGACCAGGAAGAAACAGAUCCACCUUGAAUCGGCAGAUUCAACAGAAAACACCAAGAAUUCGAAAUUUGGCCGGUUUAAAGGACGCGUGAAGGGUUUGAGAGAGGAGAGAUGCCAAUAUAGAAUCUGCUGGAGUUUUAUGUUCCAAGAUGAAGACAGCAUCCAGAAUUGAUGUGAUUUCCUUGAAUGUGGCUUAAGCAAUGUGGACAUUUAAAACUCUCACUUGAAAUCAGGCAUAGGGUUGAUGUAGAGAUAAGGAUGGGAUGUGGAAUGGAGAUCCAGUUUUUCGUUGGCUCAUUCAACCUAUAACGCAGUUAGAUGAUAUUCAAAAGCUUCUCUUACGCUAUUUAUGUAUAUGUUGGAAGGAACUACCACGCGUUAAAUUCCCAAUGUGUUGUUUUGUUACUACUAAUUUAAUCUGCUAAGUUCUAGGUAAAGUUCCAUGUUGGUGAACUAUCAGUGUUCUCUUUGGAACUGAACGUUUUACACCCUCCUCCUGUGGCUUUAGGUCUGACAUUGUAUUUGGCCUUUAUUAGUAAUUGGCGUGUGCCAGGCAAUGAUGGAUUGGAACCCACCCCCAAAUACAGCCACCAAUAAAUAAAUCUGAUUUCCAAAGUCACACGGUAGAGAUUUCCCAUUGUUUUUUCUCACUCACCACGAGCACCAGAUUCCCUCGAGUGAACCGGUUUCAGAGAGCAGAGUCAUGCUGAUCGUGGCUAAUUUCAAAACGCUGCUUUUUAUUUCGGUGUACGUUGAGGGCUUCUCAUAAUUUAAAGUGUGCUCUGUUAGCAAGGCAAAAAUUAGGAGUCUUGAAAUUCUACAGGCAAAUAUGCAAAGGAGCCAAAACUGUAAACCCAGCAUUUGGGAUGUGAAGACUGGAAGCUAACUCUCAUUGAAUUCACAAAGUCUUUUAUACAAUUUCUGUAAAUACUUUUUUUUUUUUUUAAAGAGAAAAGCAAACAAUGGAUCAGAAUAGCCACGUUUGGAAUACUUUGGUCAUCCGUUCAUAUUUUUAGAUAGUUUGACAUUGGUCCUGUGCCUGAAAGGGGGCUUGGUUCUACAGUAAGUUUUUCCAAUUUCCUUGAUACACACAUACCUUCUAAGACAUAGACAUUUUCUGAAAAAAAAUCUUUUGUUCGCAUGGUCACACACUGAUGCUUAUCCGUUCUGGGAUCUAAUAUGGCCACAGUAGUCUUGAUAAGCAGAGUAAUUUUCUCCAUCUUUAGAAACCUUCCCGGGAAGAAGGAGAUCUCACAGACCCGAAGCUACUGUGUGUGUGAAUGAACACUCCCCUGCCUCUCACCUGAAUGCUGUACAUCUAUUUGAUUGUAUAUUGUGUUUGUGUAUUUAUGCUUUGAUUCAUAGUAACUUCUCAUGUUAUGGAAUUGAUUUGCAUUAAAACACAAACUGUAAAUAAAAGAAAGAAAUGGCUGACAGAGAAGUCAGUUGAAUUUA